AUCAUCAUCUGGUCCCAAUCCAUCGAAGAGCACCGCCAUAAUGUCCAGCUAGUGCUACAAGCCCUCCACGAUGCCCACCUGUAUUGCUCUGACAAGAAAACCCAACUGUUUCUCCUCGAGGUCGACUUCCUCGGUCACCACAUCUCUGCC